UUUUUUAAAGUGCCUGAAAACCAGCAUACCAUCAAGAAUUGAGAAAUGAUCUCUGCGCGCGUCCUCUGUGACGUAAACUGUAAACAGCCAACACAGACCGGGGUCGUAGCCAUGGCUAUGAAAAGCGCAACGACAGACAACCCAACCGCACAAUGCUGUGUCACAUCCACCAUCACGUACAGGCGAUGGCAAUCAUGUGUGUCGAAUUGCCUUGGCUUCGUCACGGCUUCCCUAAACCUACCCACCUUACCCUGCUGGUGUUUGGGGUCUUCGGGUCAUAACUACUUUCAUCGUGACCUGGGAACCAGCAACAAAAAUUCGUCAGUGAAUUGACGGAAUAAAAGAAAUCACAGAAUAUGCCAGGAACGUGAAUCAAGGCUUAACUACCCCAGAACCAGUCCAUCGUGAGGACACCUUUUCCCCUCAAAGUCUGUGAGGUACGUCACAUUUUCUGAGAAAAUGGCGGAACUUCGACGGAUCAAGAACAUACAAUCUGCCGACCCGGAGGAGUCAGCUUCCGGCGACUUUAAAAAUGACCUUGAACUGAAUGCUUAUGAUAACGACGGGUUUAUGAAAGAGUUGGGGGAUGAAAAGGGGCUACCGACAAGAGACCCUUCAAGCAGGGACAGAGAUCUGGAGGAUGACGACGAUGAGGAGGACAACGCAUGUGCCAGAUUCACAGCCGGGAUCCAAACGGCGCUGUCAGACUUUAUUGAGAAGAAUUCUUCUCUCUUGUGGAAUUUGUUCUACAUUAUACUGAUCAUCGCCUACUUUAUCUACUUCGCAUAUUCCUUGUCCUACAAAUUUGGGGACGAGGGUUCAUGGAGACUUCUCGUCUGUACAGUUCUGAUCUCAAUAGGCCUGACGCUAAAGUAUAUCCUUCAGUUCCGCCGGCAGUCUGAGGACAAAUACACGGAUGGAGAGGAGAAGGAUGAGGAAUGCUGUCCCCGUUUGUGGAGAUUCGUGGAGAAAAUCCGGCUGGCUGUGAUCCUCCCAGUGGUCCUCUUCCUGUUCUUUAUCGUUUACAUCAUCGUUGACGUCGGCAUCGACAGUCCUAGGAACCUGAUCAGCUUGGGUGGCAUGACCUUCUUCAUACUGUCGUUUUACAUCUUUUCUUUCAACCCAUCGAAGGUGAAGUGGCGGCCCGUUUUCUGGGGUAUCGCCCUUCAGAUCAUCUUCGCCCUCCUCAUCCUCCGGACCUCAUGGGGUCGCGACGCCUUCAAGUGGCUGGGAGACAGGGUCACCGAGUUCUUGUCCUACACGGAUGCCGGCUCUAAGUUUGUCUUCGGAGACCUCUACAUCAACCAUUUCUUCGCAUUCAAGGUCCUGCCAGUUGUGGUCUACUUCAGCACAUGCGUGUCCAUGCUGUACUACCUGGGGGUCAUGCAGGUGGUCAUCCGACAGCUGGGCAAGUUCCUCACCUUCUGUCUGGGGACCUCGCCCUCUGAGUCCAUCAACGCCGCCGGAAACAUUUUUAUUGGACAAACUGAAGCCCCUCUCAUGAUCCGACCCUUCCUGAACGACAUGACCAACUCGGAGAUUCACGCCGUGAUGACGGGAGGUUUCGCCACGAUAGCUGGCUCCGUCAUGGCUGCCUACAUUCUCUACGAUGUACCAGCCAACCACCUCCUGUCUGCAUCUGUCAUGUCGGCGCCGGCCGCCCUCGCCCUAUCCAAACUGUUCUACCCAGAGACAGAGAGGUCGAGGCAUAGGGCCGAGGAUGUCUACAACAUAGCUAAAGGAGAGGAGCGUAACUUGAUCGAAGCAGCGUCAAACGGCGCGUCCAUGUCCAUCAAGCUGGUGGCGAACAUUGCUGUGAAUCUCAUCGCCUUUGUGGCGCUCCUGGACUUUGUCAACGCCACACUCGUCUGGCUGGGCGACCGGGCGGGCUACGACGGGUUCACCUUUCAGCUGAUAUGCUCCUACGUGUUCUGGCCACUUGCCUUCCUCAUGGGCGUAGACCUGGGGGAUUGUGAGGAAGUGGCAGAGCUCAUCGGUACCAAGACCUUCCUCAACGAGUUUGUGUACCGGUCAGUGGUCAUCGCCACCUACGCCCUGUGCGGCUUCUCCAACCUGGCCUCCAUGGGCGUACAGCUGGGAGCCCUGGGAGCUAUGGCGCCCAACCGGAAGGGUGACAUGUCCAGGAUUGUCAUCCGCGCCAUGAUCGCCGGCAACGUCGCCUGCUUCAUGACCGCCAGCAUUGCAGGUCUCCUUUACACCGAAGAGUAAUUGUUUGGUGCUAACUCAACUGAUUUUUUUAUUACCGAGUGCCUGGAUAAAGAAGACAAGAAUGCGACACACCUUGAACUGCCUCGAUUUGGGGGAAGGAAACGAAAGUUUCAAAGGGCGUGUGCCACUCUGUCAUUUAUCAUUUUCACCCCCCCCCCCUCCCAACCCCAAGUUGUAUGACUAGCAUUUACGAGUGAAAUAGUUAUGUUGGGUUGCUUUUUUUUAACCAUGCUCAUAUAACCAAUUCAGAAUUUCAAUGCUAUACAUGUAUUUAUAGGCUUAUGCAUUGUUUGUUUGGGGUUUUUUUCAUCAUACUUAAUAAUGAAACUAUAUAAAAUAUACAAUUUUCUUCUUUUUUGAAAAA